AAAAGUUCAAGUUGCCCGCAUACAGGGCUGCGAAUCGACCAGCCGCUGGCAAACCGCAGACAAAAUGGCACCAGGAGGCCAUCGGCGACACCAGACCCUGAGCCAGUCGUUGGACAAAGAGGUGUACCAAGUGGUCCGGAAGAUCAUUGACGAACGAUCACAAUACGGCGACGACCCCUUGUCUGGCUCCAGUCGCCUCACCUUCGCGAACGUCUACGAUACGAUCAAAGGCUCGAACUCCAGCUUGAACCGCAAACCCAAGAAGCUGCUCGAAGAUAGUAUCGAAAGAGUUCUCGAGACCAUACAACAAGAUGCAGGCGCGGAUUCUGAAGAAGACGACCCUGAACGUUCAUUCGAAGAGCCACCGCAGCAGCCUAAACCAUCAUCGAACGGUUUAAACAAGAGCAUCGUGGGAGCAUGGGCAAGAUCCGGCUCAGGCAACUCCCCACCGAACAAUAUACCGGGCUCUCCCAGACGAGACCGAGAUCGCGACCAAGAGAAGAAUGCUCCCGUAGACAGCGAGCAGCAAGCAGUAUCGUCCAGCACGAAACGUCGCCUUGCCAAUGGUGAACCGUCCCAAAAGCGACGGAAGCACGGCGCAAGCGCUGCGUCAAACUCAAACUCGUCCUCAAUCGACAAAUCGCCUCCGACACACGUCUCGCUAGCAUCAAUGGGUGGUGUCGACGCCGUGAUCCAACAAUUCGAAGACCUACUUGUUCUCCCCAUGACCCGACCUGAGAUCUACACAUCCAGCAAGGUGCAACCACCACGAGGCGUACUGAUCCAUGGACCGCCCGGGUGCGGCAAGACCAUGAUCGCCAAUGCCUUCGCGGCAGAGCUAGGGGUCAACUUCAUCUCCAUCUCCGCGCCGAGCAUCGUAUCCGGAAUGUCUGGCGAAUCCGAGAAGGCGCUGCGGGAUCAUUUCGACGAGGCGAAGCGAGCGGCGCCAUGUUUGAUUUUCAUCGACGAAAUCGAUGCCAUCACCCCCAAGCGCGAGUCCGCACAGCGCGAGAUGGAGAAACGCAUCGUCGCACAGCUGCUGACCUGCAUGGAUGACUUGGCACUCGAGAAAACAGACGGGAAACCCGUCAUCGUGCUCGCCGCCACAAAUCGCCCAGAUAGUCUCGACGUGGCCUUGAGGCGAGGCGGUCGAUUCGACAAGGAGAUCAACAUGAGCGUGCCGAACGAACCGGUCCGCGAACAAAUCCUGCGCGCCUUGACGAGAGAAACGAACCUGGCCGACGACGUAGAUUUCUCCUUACUUGCGAAACGGACUCCCGGGUUCGUCGGGGCCGAUUUGAACGAUCUGGUCUCGACUGCCGGUGCGGCUGCUAUCAAGCGAUACCUAGACACUCUGAAAGCGAACUCGGAAGCAGCAACAGCAACUAUGGACGUAGAAAUGGACAUUGAUAUACCACCACCGCCGCCAACAACAACAACAACAGCAACGACAACAGAAGACAACGACAGCAGCCUACCGGCGCCACCUGCACACACAACUACUACACCCACCGUGUCUCCCACAAUUGCCUCCCUUCGCCGAUUAAUCAAAUAUACCAAAGAGAACCCACCCGAGCCCAACAGCAACGAGGCGACCAUCUCCAUCACCUCAGACGACUUCAUGACCGCCCUGCCUCAAAUCCAACCUUCCGCAUUGCGAGAAGGGUUCGCCACAAUCCCCUCCACGACAUUCGGCUCCAUCGGCGCCUUGAGGAAUCAUAUCACGGAGCUGAAAACCGCAAUCAUCUCCCCGAUCUUGAAUCCGAAACUCUACACCAAUUUAGGGAUCACCCCGUCUUCCGGUGUCUUACUCUGGGGUCCACCGGGGUGCGGCAAAACGUUGCUCGCAAAAGCCUGUGCCAACUCGAGCCACGCCAACUUCAUCAGCGUCAAGGGUCCCGAGCUGCUCAACAAGUAUGUCGGCGAGUCCGAACGUGCGGUCCGCCAGGUCUUCAACCGCGCCAGGUCCAGUGUCCCCGUCAUCAUCUUCUUCGACGAACUUGAUGCCUUGGUCCCUCGUCGUGAUGGGACCAUGUCCGAGGCAAGCGCCCGUGUUGUCAACACUCUGUUGACUGAAUUGGAUGGCGUUGGCAACAGUCGCGAAGGCAUUUAUGUCAUUGCGGCAACGAAUAGGCCCGACAUCAUCGAUCCUGCAAUGCUGAGACCAGGCCGUCUGGAAACUUUGCUCUUCGUCGGUCUUCCCAAUGCCGAGGAGAGGGUGGAUAUCCUUCGAACGCUGUGCAAGAAGUUGCACAACUUUGUGUUUGACGAAACCAUCGCUGCCAUUGCUCGUUCAUGCGAAGGCUUCAGCGGCGCCGACUUGGAGGCUCUGCUCCGUAGAGCCGGAUACGCCGCUAUUCUCCGUUACGAAUCACAAGGCGGUUCCACUGACAGUGGCACUAUAACUGCCGCGGACUUUGAGCUGGCCAGGAGCGAAGUGAGGAGAAGUGUUGGCAUUGACGACAUGAGACGUUAUGAAAUGCUGCAGAAACAAUGGGGCAAAAGCUGAACAUAUACAAAGGCAGACUUUAAAUCAAUACUUGUCAUGGAGCCUCUGGCUGAGCUCAAUCCUGCUACUACUCCCUGACUAACAACCCAUUCCCUCUGUUCUCGCCUGUUAAACAUCCUGAACUCCAAAAGUGAAAGUCGUUAUCCCAAUAGAAAGCUGGUCAUGGACAAGACCGGGUAUCAAAGUCGCGUUAAGGGCUCGCAGCAGCUGCCCUAUCGUCCUGAAAGCGCAACAUGCUCUUGCAGUCAUCAUCCCAGGGCGGAUCCAAAGCCUGACAAAGCGUAUUCCAAUAGCAUCUCAUGUAGCCCAGCAACCAAAAGUCAAAACAACCGGCAAAGGCUCAGAUUAUGGGCAGUCGAAAGCUCUCAUCGCUGAAUCUC